AUGGGGGAUGAUAUUCGUGAAUUUGUGAGCUUUCCAGAGUGCAAAACCUUGAACGAGAUUGUGGAGAAGGCCCGUGAGCAGGAGAUGGAGUUGGAGUUCCGUACCAAGCAGAAACCCGAGCAGGCACAAACAACAGUAAGUCAGGCUAAAAAGCCUAAGACCUUGGAUUCAUCCAGUAAGGGCCAACAGGGCCGUGGCCGAUGUGCCAAGUGUGGGAGAUCUCGUAGUGGAGCUUGUUGGGGGACGAGCGUGGUAGUUUAUACAUGUGGUCAUCCAGGCCAUGUGAGUAGGGAUUGCCCCAAGAAGGGCUUGAUUUGUUUCCACUGCAACAAGACUGGCCAUAAAAAGGUCGAAUGCCCGAGGUUGCAGGAAGGGGGAGGAGUAGUCGUAGUGCCUGUUCCCGCCACACUGAGGAUAACUGAUGGCCACCUUGCUAAGGCGGAUGCUCCUGCGAUGAAGAUUCAUGCAUUUCAGUUGACCACCGAGGAGGCUCGGGCAACACCAGACGUUAUGGCUGGUACGGACCUUUUUGUUAAUGGUAUGUCGUCUCACGUUCUAUUCGAUUCGGGUGCUACCCAAUCGUUUGUAUCUCUUGCGCUAAGCAAGAAGUUUUGGGAUGCGUCGGGGACUUUGGGUUCCCCGCUUGAGGUUGAGAUUGCGGACAGCCGCACUGUGAGUGUUGCGAGGGUGUAUCGGGACUGUGUCUUGAAUGUGCUUGGGGAGAGGUUUCGUGUUGAUCUAGUCCCGAUACCAUUGCGAGGGAUGGACUGGUUAGGGCUAAUGGGGCCAUGA